AUGGCAAAGCGCCAAGCCAUUGAAGCGCUUGAUGAAAUGCUACGUGAUAUAACUGAUUCUAACCUUUUAUUUGGAGGAAAGGUUAUGGUAUUUGGUGGUGACUUCCGACAAGUUUUUUUAGUUGUUCCUAAGGAUUUUACAAAAUAUUCUAAUGAUCCUCUUUCAAUGAUGAACAAUGCUAUCUUAACUCCCAAAAACGAAAGCGUUGAUCACAUCAACCAAUUGCUCAUUAAAAGAUUUCCUGGUACUCAAGAACAAUAUAUGAGUAUUGAUGAAACAAUUGAAACAAGCCAACAAGGUCAAUAUGAAGAUUUCUUAAAUUCUCUCAAUCCAAUUGGCUUGCCUCCUCGUAAACUUUUGUUAAAACUAAACUGCCCAAUUCUAAUGUUGAGAAACAUAGAUCCCUCAAAAGGAUUAUGUAUUGGAACAAGACUCAUCUGUCGUAAAUUUGAAAGACAUUUCAUUUUUGCUGAAAUUGCUGUUGGUGAUCAUAAGGGAAAUACUAUUUUCUUGCCUCGAAUCCCUUUACAACCUUCAAAUCGAAAUAUGUAUCCUAUUCAGUUUACUAGGCGUCAAUUUCCAAUAAGACUUUGUCUUUCAGUGAUAAUUAACAAAUCACAAGGUCAAACUUUGGAAACUGUAGGUAUAUAUUUGUCGCAACCAGUUUUCUCUCAUGGUCAACUAUAUGUUGUUUUGUCUCGUGCUACAACUUUAGCUAAACUUCGAAUCCUAAUUGAACCACAAGAUUCUGAUAGUGAUGAAACUAAUUCCACAACAAAUAUUGUUUUUCAUGAACUCUUAUCUUUGGCACAAUGCACAUGA